CGCGCAAGUAAAUUUUUGAAACGACAAAAAUGGCGGCAUCGACGUGCUGAUUCUAUCUGCGUGAGUUCAGUACAAAGGUCCUCUCAGUUAGCACAAAUGAACUCGCCCUUCUCUCUAUCGUUCUCUACUACUCUUCGCAUUUGCCAAGCUCUAAUUCUAACACUAAGCUCAAGUCGCCCGACGACCAUGGCCGACCAGGAGAACUGCAUGCGCAUCACCCGCGCAGCGAAGAAGAGGGCCGCCGCUGCUAUGGCCGCAGCACAGUCUAUUCAAUUUCCUGCGAACAAGAAGCGAGUUGUUCUUGGAGAGCUCACGAACUUGUCGAACGUUGUAUCCGUUCAGACUUCGGGGCUUGAACGCCGGAAGUCCAAAGGUAGAUUGAAGAAGAAGGAACAGAAACCGGUGGUGCCGGACAUUGACACGGAUUCUGAUGACCCCCAAAUGUGUGCUCAUUAUGCGUAUGAUAUAUAUGAAUAUCUUCGCACCAUGGAGAUGGAAGAAAAAAGGAGGCCAUUGCCCGACUACAUUGAGAAAAUUCAGAAGGAUAUUACAGCCAAUAUGCGAGGGAUUCUGGUGGAUUGGUUGGUUGAGGUUGCAGAGGAAUACAAGCUAGUGCCCGACACCCUUUAUCUCACAGUCUCCUACAUUGACAGAUUUCUAUCAUCGCAUGCUCUUAAUAGGCAGAGGCUACAGCUUUUGGGUGUUUCUUGCAUGCUAAUUGCCUCGAAGUACGAAGAAAUCAGUCCUCCACAUGUUGAAGAUUUUUGUUAUAUAACAGAUAAUACUUACACCAAGGAAGAGGUGGUGAAGAUGGAGUCAGAUGUACUCAAUCUUCUGAAGUUUGAGAUGGGCAAUCCCACGAUCAAGACUUUUCUCAGAAGAUUUACAAGGGCUGCUCAAGAGGAUAAAAAAUUUCCGAAUUUGCAAUUGGAGUUCUUGGGGUGUUAUCUAGCAGAAUUAAGCUUGCUGGAUUGUAGUUGUCUACGGUUCUUGCCAUCACUUGUUGCUGCUUCAGUUGUAUUUCUUUCAAGAUUCACAAUCCAACCAAAGAUGCACCCUUGGAACUCAACCCUGCAACAUUAUUCGGGUUAUAAACCUUCAGAUCUAAAGGAUUGUGUCAUUGCUAUACAAGAUUUGCAAUUGAAUAGAAGAGGAGGUUCUUUAAUAGCAGUUAAAGAUAAAUACAAGCAGCAUAAGUUCAAAUGUGUAGCUACAUUGUCUUCUCCUCCAGAGAUUCCUACUCACUACUUUGAAGACAUCAAAGAGUAAACAAAAGAUAUGGUUCUUGAGUCUGAUCUGAUGACUUGUAAGAUGUAAUAUACUUUGGUGCCGGGAAAAAGAAUUCUUGAAGACUAUUUGUUCAACCUGGCAUUUUUUGGUCUUCUCCUGCCCAUUUGGUCAAAUGCUGAAGUGCUUUAAAUGGGUUGAUGGCCUAGAGAUGGUGAGAUCUCUUGAACUCAUGAGAUCUAAAGCUGCAAAAAUAUCUCCUGGAAUGCACUUCCUCAAACAGAAACUCUUGAUUAAUUUAGGAUUAGUUGGUAGAUCAUGUUGAUACACAUUGAUACUUUGUAUCUUCUGGUUAGUCCUUUAUUUGGAAUUUUAGGAUCAUGAAUUUGUAACCACGAAUCUUUCUAUUUUUUCAUUUGUUUUCCUUGUUCUGACAUUCACAUGUAAGAGCACAAAGUUCUAAAUCUUUUCUUGGUAAAGAAUUUUUUAUACCAUCUUACAUAACUUUUCUUGGUUCUUUAGUUGGUAAUUUUCUCGUGUUUGCCCAAGGAAAUCAUCAAGUUGCGGAUUGGUUCCAAUUGCGUUAUUGUAUAUCUUUAGUAGUGAUUCUUGGGACCGAGCUACCCCCACCUUGUGUAGAUCCUCUUGCUUUACCCAAAAAAAGAUCAGAAGAAUCCGAGUGAUAAUAUAUUAUAUGCUUGGCAUCGAUGCUGCUGAUACAACACUGUUUUCUGCUGAUGUGUGGGUUGGAACUUGGAAGCACUAUUUUCUUGGAAAAUGGUGGUCUUUUUUUUUGUUUGGAAACAUUGCUGCCAGGUAUGAUGUUUCUUGGAGUAACAACACUUUCUGUUUGGUACCAUUGUUCCAUUUUUGUUUUCAACAUUGGUACCCAUUAUAGGAAGUCCAUGUCAUUGCUA